UUCUUCUAUGUACCUCGACGCUGAAUGGUGUGUUUGCGCACACUUUUCUGCAAAAAAAAUAUUUAAAGUGCAGAAAUAGGCGAAAAUAUUGAAGAAUCAUUGUAUUCGCGAUUACAGCACAAUUUUUGCAACGCGUCAACACUGUUUUUACGUACGGAUGCAUAUUUGUGAUGUGGAUAUUUUGUGAUUAAAAAUUUUCCCCAUCUGAGAUGUCUCAAACAUGAAUGAAGGUAAUUCAGCAGGAGGGGGGCAUGAAGGGCUAAGCCCGGCCCCUCCUGCUGUGUCAGACCGUGUAACGUUACAAUCAACGGAAAAAUCAGUUACAACGCCAAAAUCAACAGCAACUGCACACAAUAACAAUAAAUCAUCAUCAUCAUCAGCCACAUCAACAGCAGCAACAACGCAGCAAAAACCAAGCAAACCACAACAGCAGCAGCUGCUCAGUGCGCAGCUGCCUGUGCCGCUGUCGAACUUGUCGACAGAGGCAACGGCAGCCGCAACGCCCGCAGCAGCUUCCACAUACUCCUCCAAUACAGCAACAGCAGAUACCUCCGUUUUAGAGUCAACAGCGCCACCCCAGGCAAAGCGUCAGCGUUUAGAAGACACGGAAGUGAGAGGCGAGGCCGCCAGUGAUAAUAACAACAGCAACAUCGUUGGCUCAUUGCUGCCAGCGUCUGUUGUGUCCAGUAGCGAAGUUGGUGGGCCCAUUUCAACGGCGCUGCAGGACUUGAAUGCGCUCAAGAAGCGCAUUCUCCAACAUAAAUAUCAAAUUUUGCGUAAUCUUAAGGAAAGGCAUCUUGAAAAUGUGUCGGAAUACUUUUAUUUACAAAACGGUGGCAGUAUGAUGGACUACCCCGCGUGGCGUAAAAAGACACCAACACCGCAGUUCAUUAGCUACAGCAAUGCGAAUCGUAUCGAGCAGCUGAUACUCGAGGAAAAGCCAAGCACAUCCGCCGCCGCAGCAGCAGCCGCUGUAGCCCAAGGACACAGGACAACGCAACAACCAACACAACAACAACAAACACAGCAAUCUUCGGAUUCGGUUGUUAGUAAUAGUAGCAGCAGCAGCAGCAGCAGCCCCGCAACUGCAGCAACAACAACCAGUACAGGGACAACGGGGGGCAUACAGUCAGAGACAGAUAACAGCAUACAAAUAAAAACGAAUACGCAAUCUCUGUUGCCAACGAAAUCUGGCAGCAAUACAAGUGCACUAACACCAACGGCAUCAUCAAGUCCAAGUCGCAGUGGGCCACCGACAUCAACAACUACCACAACAACAGCCACAACAGGAGCAUUGCCUAUAACCAGCAGCUUAGUGGAGACGAGCGGUAAUGCAUUGCCACCGGAGGCGGAAAUAAAGAUACCAGCAGUUGGUGCGACGCCAGUCGCCGUCUCCACGAAACUACCCGCCGCCGUAGUACAGUUGACGCAGCAAGGUGGCACACCGUUGGUGCCCUGCAGUAGCUCGUCUGGUUCAACAGCGCUGCGUCGUCCAAACUCACAACAGAAUGCAGCAGGAACACCAAGUGGGGCAAGUGGAGGAGCAACAUCAUCGCCACUGUACACGGGUGGGGGCAAUGGUGCUUCUGCGACCGUUGGGAGUGGUAGUGGUGGGGUCCUGACACCGUGCACACCAGGUGGCAGCAGCGGAAGCCUGAUGAGUCCACUUGCAAGCACGGGCACGCCCAACAGUGCGCAGGAGUUUUCGUUUAAGGCCAAACAGGAGGUGUACGUGAUGCAGCGUAUAUCCGAAUUACAACGAGAGGGAUUAUGGACUGAGCGGCGUUUGCCCAAGCUGCAGGAGCCCAGCCGACCCAAGGCGCACUGGGACUAUCUGUUGGAGGAGAUGGUGUGGUUGGCAGCUGAUUUUGCGCAGGAGCGCAAGUGGAAGAAGAAUGCUGCCAAGAAAUGCGCCAAAAUGGUACAAAAGUAUUUCCAAGACAAGGCCAAUGCGGCCCAACGUGCUGAAAAAGCCCAAGAGCUGCAUCUAAAGCGCGUUGCCUCCUUCAUAGCACGUGAGGUGAAGAGCUUCUGGUCAAACGUAGAGAAACUGGUCGAAUAUAAGCACCAAACAAAAAUCGAGGAGAAACGCAAGCAGGCACUCGAUCAACACCUCAGUUUUAUAGUCGAUCAAACGGAGAAGUUCUCACAGCAGCUGGCCGAAGGCAUGAACAAAAAUGUAGCCGAAACACCUAGUCUAACCUCCAGUCGCCUAACAUCACCGAAGCGGGAAUCAGAUGAUGAAUUUAGACCAGAGUCUGGCUCUGAGGAUGAUGAGGAGACAAUAGCCAAGGCUGAGGAAGAAGCAGCCGAUGUCAAUGAAGAGGUCAAAGCGCUGGCUAAAGAAUCUGAAAUGGACUUUGAUGAUUUUCUUAACGAUCUGCCGCCUGGCUAUUUAGAGAAUCGUGAUAAGCUGUUAUUAGAGGAACAGAGUACAGCUAAAGGCGCUUCCACUAGUGCGGCUGCAGCUGAUGGUGACGAUAGCGAUGAUAGCGAAUUUCAAGCCAAGGAAGCGAGCGAUGAUGAUGAGAACACCAUCAGUAAACAAGAGGAAGCAGAGCAGGAAAUUGAUCAUCAGAAAGAGAUCGACGAGCUGGAGGCUGACAAUGAUUUGACUGUUGAACAACUGCUCGAGAAAUACAAGUCCGGUAAAAUUAAUGAGCCACCCAGCGCCAAAAGACGCAAGAUUGCUGUGGAGACCUCAGAGCAGGACUCUGAUGAUGAUUCAACUGCGAUUGAAGAUUCAACAGAUAGCAGCGAAGUAGAUGCGAGUGAUAACGAAGAUGAAGAUCUCUCGACCAUCAAGAGCGAUUCGGACCAGGAGGAUGGAGACCAAGAGGAUGGCCUUAAGAGUCUGCUUGAUGAUGCUGAUGGCUCUAGUGUGGGUGGGGCGAGUGGUGCUGCUGGUGUUGGCAGCAAAGACAACAAAGAUGAUAUGUUGAACGAUGCUGCCGCACUGGCUGAAAGUCUACAGCCGAAGGGUAACACGCUGUCCUCCACGAAUGUGGUGACGCCUGUUCCAUUCCUUCUAAAGCACACGCUGCGCGAGUACCAGCACAUUGGUCUUGACUGGCUAGUCACCAUGAAUGAGCGCAAGCUUAACGGAAUUCUUGCCGACGAGAUGGGAUUGGGAAAGACAAUACAAACAAUUGCGUUGCUGGCGCAUUUGGCCUGUGCGAAGGGCAACUGGGGACCCCAUUUGAUCGUGGUGCCCUCAUCUGUGAUGCUUAACUGGGAAAUGGAGUUCAAGAAAUGGUGUCCAGGCUUCAAAAUACUCACCUACUACGGGACGCAAAAGGAACGAAAGCUCAAGCGUGUCGGCUGGACGAAACCAAAUGCGUUUCAUGUUUGCAUCACCUCUUACAAGUUGGUCGUACAGGAUCAGCAAAGUUUUCGUCGCAAAAAGUGGAAAUAUCUCAUUCUUGAUGAAGCACAAAAUAUUAAAAACUUCAAAUCACAGCGUUGGCAAUUGUUGCUUAACUUCUCCACCGAAAGACGCUUGCUCUUAACGGGCACGCCACUGCAAAACGAUCUUAUGGAGCUCUGGUCCCUGAUGCACUUUCUCAUGCCUUAUGUGUUCUCCUCGCAUCGCGAGUUCAAGGAAUGGUUCUCCAACCCCAUGACUGGCAUGAUCGAAGGCAACAUGGAGUACAACGAAACAUUAAUUGCUCGACUACACAAGGUCAUACGUCCAUUUUUGCUGCGUCGGCUUAAAAAAGAAGUGGAGAAGCAAAUGCCAAAAAAAUACGAACAUGUUGUUAUGUGCCGUCUGUCGAAUCGUCAACGUUAUCUGUAUGAAGAUUUCAUGAGCCGAUCCAAAACUCGAGAAACAUUACAAACUGGCAAUUUGCUGAGUGUGAUCAAUGUGCUUAUGCAGCUACGUAAGGUGUGCAAUCACCCAAAUAUGUUUGAGGUGCGUCCAACGAUAUCGCCAUUUCAAAUGGAGGGCAUUGCGUUCCAUACACCACGUCUAGUCAGCGACAUCAUGGAGUAUGAUCCGUUCACGCAAAUCAAUUUGGAGACUGUUAACAUGUUGUUACUGAAUCUGGAACAAACGCUUACUGCCUACGUCUCACACAAGUCGCGUCUGUUGUCGCCUCCACGUAAAUUGAUUGAGGAAAUCGACAGUGCGCCUCAACCUCCGCCGCGUUGCCCGAAUGGCAAGUACCGCUUUCAUAUACGUGUGCGUAGCGCAGAGCUGGCACAGCGGAUAAAGCUGCAAGCGGUGCGUGUGGGCGCGAGUCCCGCCAUGAGACUUGAAGGCUCAAAAAUCGUGCCCAUGCGCACCUUGUUGCCCAGUGGACAUGUGCUGAAACGUGUCAGCGGCACUAUUAAUCCUAUCAAUAUGGCAUUGAAGCCUGUGAUAAUAAAUAGUCUCACGUCAACGCCGUCGAGCAAUAGCAGCGGAAGCACAGCGCUCAAUGUACUGGGUAAUAGCUCCAAGCUUUUAAGUUCUCGUUCGCCCAUAAGUGCUCCAACGCCAGCCAAGGUGGCCAAGACAAUGCAGGAUGGUAAACCCUUUUUCUAUUUAGCACCUGCGACAAAUACUGGUGGUGCUGGAGCGCGGCUUACUUUGACUAGCAAAUCUACAUCAACAACCGUAAGUGCAACAGCAGUCAGCGCAACGACAACGAGCAGCAACUCUGCAACACAAAUGCAACAGUUGAGCAAGGAUCCCAUUGUCAAAGAUCUGGCGACGCAUGUUAAACUGACGGUACAAAGGCAAACCAAUGGAAAGUCUCAGGAAGAGGACUCGAAAUCAACGCCUGAAGAGGCUGAAGAUCCCUACCGCGUUCAGCAACUAAUACAAAUGCGAAAAGAACAGCGUUUGGCUUCGCUUAAGCGCAUGGCUCACAUCAAUCGCCGAAGAACUGAUGCCACACCGAUUUAUGGAGCUGAUUGCCGUCAGACAAUAGAAAGUUGCAUGCAGGCAACGCGCACAUCGAAGCAUUCCACAUGGCAAACGCGAGGAUAUGCGAAUUGUUCCGUUGCCAUGCGGCAUCACAAUGACAACUGGUCAUUAAAUCACCUGCUGAAGAGUUUUGAGCAGCGUUGUUCCGAACUGUCGCCCAUCUUUGCCAAUUUCGUAAUUUAUGUGCCGUCGGUGUGUGCGCCACGAAUACGUCGCUAUGUACAGAAUUUGUCGUCGUCGCACUGGCAAAACGAACGACAGAUUGAGACGACAGUAGCUCAAUCGUUAUCGCCUAAGUUGGCGCUGCUGCAUCCCAUCAUCUCGGCGAUGACAACCCAGUUUCCCGAUCCCCGUCUUAUUCAAUACGAUUGUGGCAAGCUGCAAACAUUGGAUCGUCUGCUGCGUCAGUUAAAGGUUGAUGGGCAUCGUGUGCUGAUCUUCACGCAAAUGACCAAAAUGCUGGACGUGUUAGAGGCAUUCCUUAAUUAUCAUGGUCACAUUUACCUGCGCCUUGAUGGCUCAACACGUGUGGAGCAGCGACAAAUACUUAUGGAGCGUUUCAAUGGUGACAAGCGCAUCUUUUGCUUCAUUUUGUCUACACGCUCUGGAGGUGUGGGUGUAAACUUGACCGGCGCUGAUACUGUGAUCUUCUAUGACUCUGACUGGAAUCCUACAAUGGAUGCCCAGGCACAGGAUCGCUGCCAUCGGAUUGGGCAAACUCGAGAUGUCCAUAUAUAUCGGCUGGUCUCGGAGAAAACUAUUGAAGUGAACAUCCUGAAGAAAGCCAAUCAGAAACGCAUGCUUAGCGACAUGGCCAUAGAGGGUGGCAACUUUACGACUACCUUCUUCAAAAGCUCCACCAUCAAAGAUUUGUUUACCAUCGAUCAGAAUCAGGAGACGGACGAUGGUCAGGAUAAGCCCGAUGAAAAGGACAAAAUAAUUGCUGCUGAAAUAGAACCUGCCGUCGAAACUGAGAAGCAAUCGCUGCGCGCCUUUGAGCAUGCCCUUGCCGCUGCUGAGGAUGAGCAGGAUGUGCAAGCCACUAAGACGGCUAAGGCUGAAGCGGCAGCCGAUCUGGCUGAGUUCGAUGAGAACAUACCCAUUGCGGAUGAGGCUAAUCCAGAUGGUGGAAAUGCGCCGGUUGAACUGAGCAAAGCCGAUCUGGAAAUGCAAAAUCUUGUUAAGCAGCUCUCGCCAAUCGAACGUUAUGCAAUGCGUUUCGUGGAGGCUACCGGCGCAGCCUGGACAGCUGAGCAGCUGCGCGCCGCCGAGGCGGAGCUUGAGAUGCAGAAACGUGAAUGGGAGGCUAAUCGAUUGGCAGCUAUGCAAAAAGAGGAGCAGCUGCUCAAGCAGGAAACGGAGUCCGAGGAGCUGCUGACAUACAGUCGCAAGGAUGCCAGUAAUCAGGUCUGGAUAUCGCGCAAUAGCAUGGAGCAGAUGCCGAUGUGGUGCCCGCCCACGCCACCGCAAGACAAUAAUGACAUCUAUAUUGAUCAUUCUCUGUCGUUUAUGUACGACCUGGAGCCGAUACCCGAAACGGAGCUACCGCCCGUUUAUGUGCGCCGCGAGCUUAAGCGUUCGCGCACCGAUGCCGGCUUCGAUGGCAGUCGGCGUCCCAAUAAAAUGCGACGCGAGGAUAACUAUGUGCCGCCACGUUCGUUAUUUGAUCGACCCACAGCGCAGCUGGCUCGUCUGCGGCGUGAGCUAAAGAAUCAACGGUUCCGAGGCAGUUUUAAGCCCAAUUCGAUGAUACCUGGUCUGAAGCCACAGUUGCCGGCGAAGCCGCUGACUGAGCCAGAGGCCAUGAGUGAGUGGUGCGUGUUCGAGGACAUGGCCAUACUUCAUGUGCUGAUCAAUUUGCAGGGUCUGCCAUGCAGCCUGAUGCUGCUCUCGCCGGGACAGACGCCGAAUUGGGAUCUGGUCUCGGAACUAGUGAACUUUUGCUCGAAAACGUAUCGCUCGGCCAGGCAGUGCCGUUGGCGUUACGAGACUCACAUUCAACCACGUGAGGAGGGCAAAGUGGUCGAGAGUCCCAAGAAGCAAAAGAAACUAAAGCCCACGCUGCGCAUGGAGUACAUGAAGAGUCCGUUGCGCUAUUUGCGCACCACACAGCUCUAUGCCAGUGAUAACAAUGCCUCCUUCUAUAAGGUGAUGCGGCAGCGAUUUGAUACCAUCAAGACCACCUAUUUGAAGAAGGCGCCGGCACCGAAGCGUCAGUAUAAUGCACCCAACCUGAUGAAUCCUAAGCAUAUGGAGGUGCUGCAGAAGUUUGGUAUUAAUAACUAUGAUCAACCCGUAUCGCCCAGUAAUAUAGCCGUGAUGAAAGCUAACAAAAUACGUGAUAAGCAGCGUAGCCAAAUGCCAAUGCAACAGCAACAGCCACAACAGCAGCAGCAGCAGGUGCAGCAGCAACAACCACAGCCCGUUCAGCAGCAACAACAGACGGUGCAGCAGCACCAGCAACAAAUGCAGCACCAGCAGGUGCAGCAGCAGCAGCAACAACAGCAGCAACAACAACAGCAACAACAACAAUUGCAGCAACUGCCAACAGUUGGCAAUGUGCAGCAAUCAGUUGAGUUGGGACCUAGCACAACAACAACUGUUGCUGUGCCUGCGGGCAACACUGGCCAAUUGCAGCAACUGCAGAUACAGCAUCUGACCAGUGCCAAUGUCGCACCUACGCAACAGACGGCUAUACUGCUGCAUCAGCCGCAGCAGCAGCAGCAACUGCGAACACAGACAACAACGCAGCAGCUGGUGAAGACCAUUGUAGGCACCACUGCCAACCUCACAGCUGGUCAACUGCAGCAGCUGGCGCAGCAAACGUCGGGCAAUGCAGGUGGCAGUGUGCAGCUUCAAGCGGCUCCGCCAGGCAGCCAGUCGAGCGUCAGUGUGGUGCUAACCACGCCGGUGCAAUCUCUGCCCAUCGCAACGCACAAUAAUGGCUCCACAGCUCAGAUAGUGUCCAUCUCAUCGCAGACAACGCUGCCCGUGAAUACGGCGCCACAAGUGGGCAGCAUUGUUCAGACCCAGACAUUGCCACAAGUUGUAUCGGUUGGUCCACUGACCACCACAGCCACCGGGCAGCACCAGCAACAACAGCAACAUUCGACGGGUACAGUGACGAUGUUGCGAGGCCAGCGAAUUGUGUCAGCUGCUACAGGUGGCGGCAAUACUCUGCAGGAUGUGGUUCUCCAACAACGGACCACGGCUGGUGGACAGUCCAUUGUAUCUAUGCCCAGCCUUGGGCAAGGUGUGACGCCCGCUCAAUUCCAAACGCAGCUACGUCUGGCAGCAGUAUCAGGAUCACCCGCUACCCAGACAACCCAAUUGGUCACCACCAAGGGUAUACCUGUCAGCGCAUUGCAGCAGGGCGGCAAGGCGGUGCUGCCUGGCACCCAGCAGCAGGCGGCGCAUAUUCAACUCUAUCGGCAGCGCAAUCUGAAGGUGUUGCAAGCCUCACAGGGAGCGCCUGCAGGCGGCGGCGCCACAGCUGGUCUUAAUCCGACUGUCGUACAAACAGCAGGUGGCGCCUUAGCCACUGGCACAAUCAUUCAAGCGAGCAAUCUGAUGCAAACGUCCACACAUGUCACCAGCCAGAAAGUCGCAGUUUCCGGGAUGCCGGGCGCAACCACUGUGCAGGCAGGCAAUGUGGUUAGCUCGGUGCAGAUGCACGGACAGGCGAGAACGCAGCUCAUCAAGCAAAUGACAGCCGGUAAGCAGGGCCUGCAGCGUCAGGUGUUGACUACGGAUGGCAGUGGCGCUACCGUCGCACCAGGUACGAGUGAUGUGCUGCUUGUCAAGCGGCACAACAUACUGGCGGCUCAAAAGGCGCAACAGGCCACCGGGCCGCUAUUCACGACCAGCAGCAGCAGCACUGCCGUGCAGCAGCAACAACAACAGCAGCAACAACAGUUGCCUGUUGCUGGUGUCGUGCAACAACAGCAGCAGCAAACGCAGCAAAUUGCCACACUAGUUAAGGCAUCGACAGCAGCAGCAGCAAGUGGCAACAGUGUCAGUGCUGGCGGCGUCACAGUCUCAGCCACGGGUCCACCCACAGUGCAGGCAGGCAGUGUAAACAUGACACUGCCACAGCUGAAGCCGGGCAGCCAUAUAAAGGUGACGAUGCCAAAUCAAAUGCGCCACUUGCAUGUGCCACAGCAGUUGGGCAUGUCGCGUAAGAUUAACCGUAUGACACAAUUGGUAAGCGCGUCUGGUCAACCCACGGCCACCAACAUUGUGGCCACAACGAGUGGCCCUCAACAGCAGCAACAAACGCCAGGCGGUGUCACCGUCUCGCCUGCAGGACAACAGCAACAGCAGCAACAACAACAGAAGGCGGCACAAGGUGGUGGCAGUUUGCAGGCCCAAUUGUUGCACAUACAAAAUACUAAAGCCGUGACCGUGCAACAAAUACAGCAGGUCGUGCGCAGCGGACAACAAACGGGCAUCGUUCUAAGCAAGACAAGUGUAGGGCGCGUCAUACCCGUUUCUGUAGCGUCACAAGCCACGCAGCGGCAAACCAUACAGGUGGUUUCCGCUGCGCAGACUUUAGCUGCUGGUAACCUGCGCAACGCCUUGAAGGUUGCCUCCGGCGUUGGUCAGGCAACUCAGCAGACGCUGAUUGCGGCACUGCAGCAUAAUCAAAGGCAGAAUGCUAGCCCUGUGCGCCUGCAAACCACAGCAGCGGGCAAUUUGCUAGCUGUGGUACAGCAACAGCAGCAGCAGCAACAGCAACAACAACAGCAACAGCAACAACUUGCAACUCUUGCUGGACCCUCAUCUGGUCCGGCAGAGGUUAUGACCAUAACACAAACUACAGCGCCGUUGCCAACAGUUGCCAGUCUGCAACAGCAGCAGCAACAGCAGCAACAGCAACAACAACAGCAACAACAGCAGCAGCAGCAGGUUGGGGUUGUUCAACAACAGCAGCAACAGCUGCCAACAACGCAACAGGUACGAACGCUGGUGAAGAAAAAGAUCAUGAUCAGAAGCGAGAAAGAAUAACAUUUAGCGAAUCAUCGCACAAGAGUUGGCGCACGUCCACGCAAUCGGCGCAGCAUCAUAACGAACACCCACACAACCACUUCAACUACAACAAGCACCACCACCACUGUAGCAAAUUCAAUUACAAUUACAAGCACCACAACAACCACAACCACAAAAAAAUGCAUCGUCGCUACAAUUACAACGGGUCAAUUUUAGACGCCGACAAUUUCGAUAUCAGCUGUGACCCAACAAAAUUAUUGAAUGUUCGCUCAUUAUUUCAUUACUUGUUCAACCUGUCCGUCAAUCAAUCAAAUUAAACCCACCAACCAAUUAAUCGAUCAAUCAGUCAGUCAACGAAUCAAUCAUUGCUUAAAUCGUACUUAAAAACCUUUUGUUUCGAUUGGUUUUACAGCCAUGAGCCGGCGUCUCCUUGCCUGCUGCAGGAUCCUGAUCAGGAUUUUUGGUGAUGAUGUUGUGUGAAGGGCGUGGCACACACUCAAACACACUACACACACAAACACACACACAGAUACACAGACAUCUUAAGUCUGUUGUUAAUUGUAAUUAUAUAUAAAUAAUUUUUAGUUGUAUUAUUAUUAUGUAGCCAAACUCAAUUGAAA